ACAAACAUACUAAAGAUCGCAGGAAAAGAUGGCGCUCACAAUGUUUACACGCUUAGUAGUAGGGCUUCUCUUCGCUUUGCUUUCCCUAAGCAACUCUGUAGCACAUACCCAGAAAGCUUUGGAGACGGAGAUGGUUGUCGAUGGAAUUGCGGCCAGUGGAUUGGAUGCGGUGUCUGUUAAUAAGCAGGAACUUUUUGUUGGUGUACCGGCUACAGCUUCCACAAGAAACAAGAAGCUCGGAGGAAGGAAAAUGGCAGCCGGAAAAGUCUUGAUGAAGGAUUCAAUAUUGAAAGAGGAAGCUUGGAAUGGAGGAACUCCAAAUCCAAAGAUUUCAGGAGGAGAUAAAAAUGCUUCUAAGAGUUCAAUUGGAAGAUUGCUAAAGAACAUGAAUGAUCAGCCAAUCCUCAAGGAAGUUCAAGGGAAGCCAGUUGAACUCCCAAACACAACCAACCAACUCAGGUACCAUGAGUCUAAGGCUGCUUCAACUUGUGACAAGUUGGAAUGUUCAUCAAGGUCAAAAGGAUCAGGUUCUGUAGAGUUCUAUUAUGCCUUUCAGAAAAUUGAAAGGCAGAAGCUUCUUCAGGCUGCUAAUGAGUUAGUGGCCCUGAUCCAUAAGGAUUACAGUGCAAACAAAAAGCCUCGUCACAGCCCGCCAAUCAACAAUGGUGUGUCUAUGAAACCGUAGUUAGUUAGGUUUAGGUUCACAAUUUUGUUCCUCCCAAGGAAGGGAGAAGUUCCUCACUUUUGUUUCCAACGACAAACCUUUUCAUUUCUCUUCAUGGACCAGCUAUAAAGUCGAACAUAAUAUAGUUUGGUUUGUUUUAAUAAUAUGUUGGGAUAGAACUAGUAGAAAACUGUAAAUUGAUAUGCCUUCUGAAGCACUUCUUUUAAUGAAAUUAUUAGGUUGUUUUAUGAAUUAUAUAUCUAAGUUUAUCUUGCUGCUA